CCAGCUGGUAGCAGGUUCAGGCGCCAACGAAGAAGUCGAAGAGAAAGAAGUCGGUCCUGGAGUAGUGGAAGUGGACGUCCACCAUGGCCACCAUGAUCACGGACACGAAGGAGAAGGAAUUCCCGGACCAAUCACGCGUCUCCUCGUCAUCGCUAACCGUGGCAUCGCCAACCUCGUACAAGACCUCAUCCUCCGUUUGGCCCAGACCAGCGAAAAACUGGUGAACUUCAAGGCUCGUCUGAUCACCUCCCUCAUCUAAGAAGCAUCGCCAUCUUUGUUUUGUUUUAUUUAUGUGUGUUUGUUUUCAUGCAUCGCAAAUUUCCACGUCGUCACAUCCAUAGAAAACAGAAAAAUAGAAACGUCGCUUCGCCCAAACUAGCAUGAAAACGCUUUGUAAAUGUCCCGUUUAUUAUUGUUUUAUUUAAAUUGCUUGUAAAUAGUUAUUUUGUAAUAUGUUUCAAAUAUUAGCAAUUUCGAGUUGUUCUAUGACAUAUCCUCUUGCCAUUUUGUUCUUACAAGUGCACGGAAAAAAUGAAACCAAAGAGAAUACUUGUGGUCUUAUUUUUUCACAGCCUGUAAGCAGUCUUUGCUAAAAGGUACGGCCUUGUGAAGGAGCCAUUCAAACGCUAAGCUGUCAAAAAUUGUUAGUUUUAAAUGUAUUCGUCAAAACAUCUGCAGAUCAUGGCAAGGAAUGCUAUGAACACUAUUGUAAUAACGACAAAAAUAAAAUCUUGGAGAACUUUUCAUUUCAAGUUAAAUGCGCAUCUGCAACAAUGGUAUAUGAUUUAGAAGAAAAGUAUAGUCAUGAAACAAUAUUAACAAAUACAAGUAACGAAUUAAAAAAAAAUCAAAAGCAUUUAGAACAGCUUUACUUAAAAUUUUGAUGUGUUUGCUAUAAUACAGUUGUUGAUAUCACCAAUAUAUCAUAUUUCAAUCUAAUAUGAUCGUAAGAUACAUUCACAAAAUCGCUGUUUGUAUGGCUAUACAAGCUGGCUAGAUACCUAACGUGUUCUUAUUUAUCUUUUAUCUCUAUCUUGUAUUGUUAUUGAAUCACGAGGAACACUUCCUUGUUUUCAUAUGGUAUAAAUUCAUUCAAAAUGUAAAUAACCUGAAUAGUUGCUCAUUUUAUGAAGGUUCGAUUGACGAAUGUAAAUAAAGAAAAAACACCUUGUAUUGUCAAUGUAGAUAAAAUGUCCUCUUCAGAAUAUAUAUGUAAGUAGUGUAAAUACUGAUUUUUGAAAAAGCGCAGUGCAGGUUAAAAUUUGUGUUACCUACUAUUUAAAUUAUAUAAUAACGUAAUUUGUUAAGUUAAAUAAAUUUUUUACUUAAUUCUGGAACUGUUUUAUU